GUACACGGAAACAGCAACCGCUACACGGAAGUGCAACGUUGAUGUGCAUGCAACAUGGAUAUAUACAAAUAAUAAUGACUUAUAUUCUGCGCAAAAAUAAUCAACUCAUAGGACACGAUGGGUUCUGUAAAACAAAGUAAAAUAUCAAUACAACCACACAGUGUGUUCACAUGUUAACACAAUUUGAAAAAAACUAAUUCUACAUCACGGGUUUUAUUUUGAAGGUCAUGACCGGAAACUGUCAUAUUGUUGCAAUCCUGACCCGUCGUUCCGUUGCUGAACUGUUUUCUCUGUUCAAGGAAAUUAGUGAACAGUGCCGUUGUUGACAACAUGUGGACAUUGUUCUAUAUGUGAGGGAUUCGGGAGGACGUAUGGAGACAGUUGGAGGUGACAACUGGCGGAGACGCACGAGGAGCGCACGAGCCUACCGCAAACAGCAAACCGGGGCUGACGAGUCCAAUGUGCUCCGGAGUCUGAGUGUAGGCAACACGGAAGACGGCCAUGACAUGGAGGAGGACACUGGCCUCUUCAAGCAGGACAAUUUGGAACGCAGGGCUAUGGCGCCCCGCUACAGCCUGCUGCGGGAGGUGGGAAGGGGCACAUACGGCGUGGUGUACGAAGCGGUGGCCCGGAGAUCCGGGGCAAAAGUUGCCGUGAAGAAACUGCGAUGCGACGCCCCGGAAAACGUGGAGCUCGCCUUGCAGGAGUUCUGGGCGCUGGCGAGUCUGGAGAAACGGCAUCAAAAUGUGGUACAGCUGGAGGAGUGCGUGUUGCAGAGGAACGGUAUGGCUCAGAAAAUGAGUCACGGGAACAAACUGUCCAAACAGUACCUGCGUCUGGUGGAGACUUCACUUAAAGGUGAGCGAGUGCUUGGUCCCCCAGAGGAGCCCUGUUACCUCUGGUUUAUCAUGGAGUUCUGCGAGGGCGGCGACCUCAACCAGUUCAUCCUGUCUCGGCGGCCCGACCAGCGAACCAACAACAGCUUUAUGCUCCAAAUGACCAGCGCCGUCGCGUUCCUGCACAAAAACAACAUUGUCCACAGAGACCUGAAACCAGACAACAUCCUCAUCUCGGAGAAGUCGGGCACGCCGGUCCUUAAAGUGGCCGACUUCGGCCUGAGUAAAGUCUGUGCUGGGUUAGGAAACCCCAACGAGGGCGAAGAUCAGAUCAAGAAUGUUAACGUGAACAAGUUUUGGUUGUCAUCGGCGUGCGGCUCAGACUUCUACAUGGCUCCCGAGGUGUGGGAGGGCCACUACACGGCAAAGGCCGAUAUAUUUGCCCUGGGUAUCAUCAUCUGGGCCAUGUUGGAGAGAAUCACUUUCAUUGACGGCGAGUCAAAGCGGGAGCUGCUGGGUUCUUACAUAAGACAAGGAGUAGACAUUGUGCCGGUGGGCGAGGCGCUGCUAGAGAAUCCAAAGAUGGUGCUGAACAUCCCACAGAAGCGCAGGUCGUGCAUGUCAGACGGAGUGAGGAAACUGCUGCAGGACAUGCUCGCCGUCAACCCUCAGGACCGGCCCGACGCCUUCGAGCUUCAGGUCAGAAUGGACCAGAUCAUUUGUGCUGCAUGACCCUCAGCCGAAGUGUUCCACAGACUGUUGUUUCUACCGAGCUGCUCCAUGACUGAGGGUGCUGUUUUGAUCCAAAGACUGUGAAGAAAAAAGGAGAAGCAAAGGAAACACAGCGCUCCUGAAGCUUGGAUGCUGAAAUGGGAUUUUUUUUCAAAUUGUUUUUUUUCUUAUGUUUACAUUGAGGUUAUCUGGCGGUUCUGACCGAGAGUAUUUUGUCUUGCCCUGAAUAUUACAAUGAAGCAAGAAUCAUUUUUGUUUGAGUUCGCAGAGAUGGCCAUGACUCCGUCAAAGAAUAGGGGUCUGGAGAAAUUCCCAGUCGGAAACAUGAUGGUGACACUGCUCAACAAACCUACAUUUAAGCUGAUGUGCACCAUUAGUUUAUUGUGUGUCUCCAUGUGUCAAGCAUUCUUUUAAUAUUUAAUAAGAACACUGUGAAAUCAGAUACACACUACUACUGGAAACCUAUCGCUCCAUGUGAUAGAGUUUUUCUUAUUGUGUCUUAACUUCAGGGAAGUCUGGGCUUUUUUAUGUGGGAUGUUUUACUUUGCUGACAGUUAAGAUUGUAUUCCCCAUGCUUACCUGUCUUGUGGUGGCACUUUUCCUGUCGAAUGCCUGUCACAACUUGUCAAAAAAGUUGCCGCCCGUUUCGCUAAAGUUUCUCCACACAUCUGUUGUUGGUUUACAUUGAAGUACACUACAUAGGAGUCAUGGUUAGUUUUUAGGACUAAGUGGGUGAUGUGUGUGUGUGUGUGUGUGAAAUCUUCUGUUUUGGUAUAUUUGAUUUUAUACUGUAAUAUUGAGAUAAAUAUUGAGUAAUUAUUCAAUACAUUUCAUUGAGACUGUUUUGGCUAAUCUAGUGAAUUAAAGAAGAACUAAACUCCAGACUUUUGGUCGAAGUGCUUCCAGCAUGGAAAUCCAAAAAGCGUCUCGUCGUUUCUAUUGUUGGUUCAUUUUCCUGUCAUGCAGCAUGACAUUCACAGCGCAACAAGCCUUUUCUGUCGAAUGGAAAUUAGCAAACUACAACACCCAUGGAAUCAGUGUUCUUGACUGAUUAUCUGGCAAAAGCCAUGUACUUUCCAACAAAUGUAUGAAGAUUAAGCAUUACCUUGUUAAAGAAGAUAAAAAGCACCACGUAAAAGGCCGGGCUCGCUCUGUUACAUUAACGUUUAGUCUGACAGAACUGUUUUUAAAUCAGCGUUUAUGUCGACCCUUUCGCUUAGCCUAUGACUCGUGACAAAAUACAGUCGAGACUCUCUGAAGCAUUUGUGAAUUUGAGUUUUUCAUGCAAAGCUGAAAUGUAUGGAUUUUAGUGAUUAGCAUUGGCGCUAAACCCAGUGACAGCUUAUCUUUUGACUGACUACAUGGACACUUUUUUUCUUCUUUUGGGUUCCGCUGCCGUCUCAUUGUUUCGACCUACGGUGCCUUGAAUUUGCUAGUCAGGUCAAAUUUGACUCGAUCUGCUGCUGUAUUUUCCUUUUGAUUUGGAACUCCAAGUACAUUAUUCACAAUGUAAUUGGAAUGAUAAAUUGGAAUUUCUAAUAUUCCCAUGCAAUCAUUUGGAUUAAAUAUAUUUAUAUACAGUGUUUUAGAAUUGAACUGUUUUUCUGUGGACCAUUUAUUUGUAGAGUGAAGUCACGUUUGAACAGGUGCCACGUUUGAACAGGUGCAUAUUAAAGGAUCAAAGCUCCUCAUGGGUUCUUACUUUGAUGAAGAGAGUUUGUUGUUGAGAAACAGUCGCAACUUUAUGUAAAUCAGACACAGGCCUCUGAGAAGUGCAAUGUGUAGAGUAACGAGGUUCGAAGCAUGUCGGAACAUGUGUACAGUGAACCACAGCUGAGUAUUGUAACUUGGUUUAUUGUUUUGUCCUGAAACCAAAGGUCUGAAGUCUGUCAUAUCAAACUUAACUGGGACCCUGAAUCUUGUUCAUUUUGAGUGCACUGCCUGAAUGUGUCGGCACAUUUUCUUUACUGAGCCAUAGUUUUCUCAACAAAGACAUUCCUCAGUUAACGACGACCUGGCAGCUUUCUUGGCGACAGCUUUGUAUUUAACGUCAUCGCAGUGUGUGCCCGCUUGUCUUCGCAUCGGUUUGGAAUUUGUAUCGGAGCAUUUGACUUCUGUUUUGUUGCUCGACUUCUUUUUUUCUGAUGCAUUGUGGGAAAUUAGUUUACAUUCAUACGGAUGUUUACACACCUUAAGCUCAACACAGGCCAUGAUGGAUGUUCAUAUUUCUGUGAAAAAUGUUCCUCUGUUGCCCACUUGAGUGCAGAUGAGCAGAUGGUCACGCUCACAGUUUUUUUUGUAUUCUGAUUUCUGAGGAAUUGCUUUUUGUUUUACUUUAAUUUAGAGGAAUGUACUUUUUAAAUUUCUUAAAGAGAUUUAAGAAAACCCUCAAUCUUCCUUUUAAUGUCCCUGGAGCUGCCUCUGGAGGGUUUCCUGCAGUGUUGGAUGGAUGUACCUAGGUCACUUGUGUUACAUGCAACACUCUUCUAUGCAAGUCUGCCUCCCUGGAUCCACUGAAGAACAAUUCAGGCCGGGCUGAUACUGUUUUUAGUCGUCUGCUUCUCAUCCUGACUGACUGGAACUGUACCAUACAUCUGGACCGUGUUGUGUUCAGGUGACUUGACCCUUUAUUUCAACAGUGUCCUUUCCUUGGUUAUACCUGAUACUGAAGCUGUUUGCUAAAAUGAAAACACGUUUGUAUUCUUUAUUGCUGACUUUGUAAAUACUCAGUUUCAAUAAAGGUUGGAAAUACCUCU